UCCCACCAUGCGAGAGCGACCCCACGCGGCGGACGACGCUCCGCUCGCUCAGAACGUGCCCCGUUGGAAAAAUGGUGGCCAGCGUACGAGUCCAAAAGCUGCUUCGACGGUAUAAACUAGUGAUUUCCGCUGCUUUAACGAUCCUCCUGAUUCAGGGACUUGUGGUCUGGAGUCUGAGAAGCUUGGAAGACGGCCAGGCAGAGGGAAAAGCGAGACAGUCUAAGAUGCCCGACCCCAACAGCCCGGACUCCAAGAGAGACAAGGCGAGCUCUCUGUCCGGCCAGAACAGGGGCCGAUGGGGCGCCCGCCUGGAGAGGCAGAGGGGAACGGCGGCCAUUCCGCAGAGGAAAGGAAGCAGCAGCAGCAGCCGCCGCGCGCCCAAGCCCGCCGUCAAACAGAAGACCCCCCAGGGGCGCGGCGCGGCGGCGGUCGGCUCGGACGGCGCGCUCUCCCACGAUCUGUCGAGCAGCCGCAACUUCAGCGUGGACGGGGCGGCCAAGCUGCAGGCGGCCGGGAUGCCCGGGGAGCCGGGCAGCGUGGACGGCGCGCACCAAGCGCCCAACGCCGACUUCAUGCCCAAGUGCGACAUCUCGGGCAAGGACGCGCUGUCGGCCCUGCACCGCGCCGGGUCGCUGCAGUGCCGGCAGGAGAUCGCCAGCAUCGUGUGCCAGCAUCAGGCGGGGCAGCUGAUGCCCGAAGCGCUGCCUCAGUUCUGCCCCCGCCUCGGUGUCUCCCGGCCCGCCCAGGCAGACGGAGAGGCGCAGCUCCCCCUGUCCAAGGUGGAGAACCCCGUCCGGGUGGUGUUUGUGCUGAUGGUCCACGGCCGAGCGGUGCGGCAGCUCAAGCGUCUCAUCAAGGCCAUAUACCACCGGGACCACUACUACUACAUCCACGUGGACAAGCGGUCCGGCUACAUGCAUCGGGAGGUCCUGCGGAUAGCCGAGCAGUACCCGAAUGUGCGCGCCACACCCUGGCGGAUGGUCACCAUCUGGGGCGGAGCCAGCCUUCUGAAAGCCUACCUGCGAAGCAUGCAGGACCUGCUCGCCCUGCAGGAAUGGAAAUGGGACUUUUUCAUCAAUCUCAGCGCCACAGACUUCCCCACCAGGACCAACGAUGAACUGGUGAUGUUUCUGUCCAUGCACCGAGACAAGAACUUCCUCAAGUCCCACGGGAGAGAGAACGCGAGGUUCAUCAAGAAGCAGGGCCUUGACCGCCUCUUCCACGAGUGCGACAACCACAUGUGGCGUCUGGGCGAGCGCAGCAUCCCCGACGGCCUGGAGGUCUCCGGCGGCUCCGACUGGUUCGCCCUCACCCGCCGCUUCGUGGACUACGUGGUCGGCUCCCGGGACGAGCUGGUGUCGGGCCUGAAGCAGUUCUAUUCCUACGCCCUGCUCCCCGCCGAGUCCUUUUUCCACACGGUGCUUGGCAACAGUCACAUGUGUGACACCCUGGUGGACAACAACCUGCGCGUCACCAACUGGAACCGUAAGCUGGGCUGUAAGUGCCAGUACAAACACAUCGUGGACUGGUGCGGCUGCUCCCCCAACGAUUUCAAGCCGCAGGACCUCAUCCGGAUUCAGCAAUUGACCCGUCCGACGUUUUUCGCCCGCAAGUUUGAGUCGACGGUGAACCAGGAGGCCAUCGACAUCCUGGACACUCACCUGUACGGCCAGUACGCUCCGGGAACGGUUGCCGUCAAGGCUUACUGGGAGAGCGUGUUCGAGCAGCUGGACGGCGCGGGCGCCCUGAACGACGUGGCCCUCACCGCGUACUCCUCGUUCUAUCGCCUGGCCCUGAAGAGCCUGACCAGCUCUCAGAGCAAGACGGACGCCUGCAGGUUCGAAGCGGUCGGCCUGCCCCUGUCUGUUCAUCUGUACUUCUAUGACGACCGUUUCCAAGGCUACCUGGUCCGUCAGGAAGUGCAGGCUGCGGAGUCCAAGCGCAGGGAGACGCUGGAGCUGUGGGCCAUGCCUCAGGCUACGCUCGUCUUCGAGACCAACCUCAAAGAGUUUGAGAGGCUGAAGAAUCUGGAAGUCGGCACCGACUGGGACCCCAAAGAAAGGAUCUUCCGUAACUUCGGCGGCGUCGUCGGCCCGUUAGACGAGCCGCUGGCCGUCCAGAAGUGGGCCCGUGGGCCCAACCUCACGGCCACUAUAGUCUGGAUCGACCCAGCUCAGGUGGUCGCAGCGUCCUACGACAUCACGGUGGAGAUGGACGCAGAGUACACGCAGUACAAGCCCCCCCUGCAGCACCCCCUGCGGCCCGGCACCUGGACGGUGCGAGUGCUAAAGCAGUGGAAGCGCGUAGCGGAGCUCCGCUUCCUGGUCAUGCCGCUGACCUUUAAUAAUAAAGAGCCGCUUCGCAGAGAGGAGGACAGCUGGCUCCAUUCAGGCCCUCCUGGUAACUUGUACCUGGAUCAGAGCUUCCAGCAGCUGAGCUCCGUGCUGAAGCUGCCUCCUCAGGAGCCCGCCAUGCAGGCGGCCCAGCGCCACGCUCAGCUGGUGGGCCAGCCGCUCGACGCGUGGGUGGACAGCCUGGUGGGGGCCUUCUGGGUCACAGGUGACCUGUGCGCCACCAACACCUCCUCCUGCCCAGCCGUGGCGCCGUGCACAAAAACCACCUGGAGCGCUCUCUCUCCAGACCCGAAGUCCGAACUGGGCCCGGUCAAAAGUGACGGGCGGAUCAGGUAGCCCGAGGAGAAGAGAGGCCGCUGACUUUUAACAUGCACAGAAAUCCUGCUGGAGAGCUGAUAGGAGAGCCUGAGCGACCUCCGCGUGGGGUCAGCGACGAGCCGACGAGCGCGCAGACAACGAUCCUCCCCCAGCGAGGACCCGCCGACGACAGAAACCAGGAGAAGACUGCAGAAAAUUUGCACAUGAACUGCAAGCGCAAAGAAACUUAACGUGUGGGUCCGUGGAGACCACGUUUAGUAUGGCUUUAGAUUUUCAGUCACGCGGCGCCCGCUCGUCCCCUAAAAGCCGCGCGCUCUCGAUCUGAGGCGAGAGGAGAACCGCUGCGUCUUGUCGACGCUACGAGAGACGCAUGAAGUGCACUUUACCGCAAGAUGUUGUUGUUACAGUUCCCUCCGUUACACGUCUAAUUUGCACCAACGCAUCACUAAAUACACGCACACGUCAGAGGUUAAACAGCUGUUUGGUUUUUCCUUUCAAAAGUAUUCACACCCUUAAUCUGGUUCCUGCUUUGCCUCGUUACAAACUUUGUUUUUUGGGAUUCUGUGCAACAAGCCAACAUGAACUGGAGCGAUAAGCAUUAUUUUAGUGUUUUUAUUUCUGUUUUAAGCCUUCAGCCUCUUUUACUCUGAGACCCCUGGAUAAAACCAGUUGGUUGUGUUUUAUGUUAUUUAGGGGGAUCAGAGAGGAGGGGGGUGGGGGGGCUCUUUCUGCGUAUCCAGCACAGAAAUCCUGAUUAAAAAUGUUAAGAACCUUAAAGAGUGUGAACACUUUUGGGAGGCACGUUGUCAUUUUCGGGAGGAAAAAAUAAUGUUUAAGCGUUGUUUUUUUUAUAUCAGCUGGUUUGGUAGUUUUAAAUAGGUUUUACAUUGUUACGAGAGAAAAAAAAAGCCUCUAAGGUGUUUUUUGUUAUUUGUUUUUUUUUUUUACCCCGGCAACGGUGCGUUCAAAUCCGUCUGGAAAAACUAAACCCAGAUCCACAUGGUGACGAACACCACAUGAGCUGGUGUCGUUUUUUUUUUUUUCUAAAACCUAAAUCGAAACUUGAAAGUGAAAUUUCUGGCAUUACACGGAAAGUCAAGAUUUGAAACGACAUUUGUACGUUUUGUGGUGAUGGACCAGGAUUGACGUCAGUCAAACCAACGCGUCCAUCAGGAGACUUCAAAGCUCCUCUUAUGCUUAGUUUUUGCGAAAGUGAAAGCAACGCAUUCUGAUUUUGUUUCGGAUAAAAUUGAUCCGAACGUGUUAAUCAAGCUUUAAAAGUUGGGAUUGUUUCCUUUUCAGACGCUCAGGCUUAACGUCACGCGUCUCCACGCUGAAAGUGGCGUGGCUCUUUUCCAUUGAAUGGAAGGAAACUCAUGGUACCUCCUGUCUAUCUGUGCAGAUGCUGUAUUCUCAUGCCUGCUCAUGGUUAACGCUCACAUCUCGGGUCUCGUGCGUUUCUUAUUUUACUAUUUUUUACAUCCUGAAGUGUAAACAGUCCCACUGUAUGUUUUUAUCUUUUAAGAUUAUUGUUUUAGUGUGAUCAGGAGAAUCUAAGCUGCCUUUUACGUGGAAAAGGUGGACGUUUACUACGUGCACAUAGCUUGCAGAAUUUUGCGGUUUUUAAUUUUUACCUUUUGUGUUUUUGUUUUUAAAUACAACACGUACGUUUUUAAGUGACCUUGUUUAGCUUGCACAGUACAGUUGCUUCAGUGAAGCCGUGGGUUUUAUUGAGAGAAUAAGGAGACUAGCGAGUCAAAUGUUAUUUUUCUAUCCUGUUGGAGAGGAGCAGGCUCCCUGAGCUGUGGAAAGGGCUCCCUAAAUGUGUUGCAUUGGACAGUCCACCUGUUGGGAGUCACAGGAAGCAGCUCCUCUGGGUUUGGGGAGGCUGAGAUUUCCAUCCCUGCUGUUGUGACAGUCAGGAGCAGCGCGGAUGGUGACUCACCGCUCCGAUCUGUCACUGGGAACUGGAGGAGAAGAUCAAAUAAGUCACAUUCUGCCUGAAAACUCAAUAAAUAGAUGACAGUAUUCAAGCUUU